AUGGCUAGGGCUCGAGUUCCACAGGCACUGCUAACGACAAUUCUUAUUCUAGCAUGUACCAUCGCCAUAGACGCCCAGAAGCUCGGCACGCUGAAAAGAAGAGUGUCAACUUUCAUUAACGGAGGUUUCUCAGCCAAUGUGAAGCUCUCGCUCUACACCUAUUACAACAAAUAUAACAUCGCGUUCGAAACUGUUCUCACCACCACCAACGGAACCCUGCUCCCGCCGUUUCAGCACACGCUCGUCAACGCAUCUGAUGAUACUCCCUAUGUUAUCUUUCCUCCUGGUGUGUGGGACGUGAAAUACGAGAAGCAAGACGGGAUUGUAACGGGCUACAGUUACACGGGAACCGGUGCUGUUUUUAACAGCAACGGGUACACUGGAACUGCUGCGGCGAGUGUAGAGCCCCUUGCAAUAACGCGUACGCUGAGCAGGAUGGCGAGGUGGCCGGCGCGGUUCAAGGUUAUUCUCCAGGAUUCUGCGAACAACACUCUCGGCUCCAGGGCGCUCAACUUCGCUUGA